AUGGGGAAAGGCUUCGGGUUCACAUCCAGAGGCCUCCCCGAGGACACCAGGAACAGGACUGCCCAUGAUUCAGGAGACCUCAGUAUGAACAACAUCAGUCAGCUGCCCCCGAAUCCCCUGCACAGCCUUCGCUUCCUAGAGGAGCUACGUCUUGCCGGGAACGCUUUGACAUACAUUCCCAAGGGAGCAUUCACUGGCCUUUACAGUCUUAAAGUUCUUAUGCUGCAGAACAAUCAGCUAAGACAGGUUCCCACAGAAGCUCUACAGAAUUUGCGAAGCCUUCAAUCCCUGCGUCUGGAUGCUAAUCACAUCAGCUACGUGCCCUCCAGCUGUUUCAGUGGCCUGCAUUCCCUGAGACACCUGUGGCUGGAUGACAACGCUUUGACAGAAAUCCCCGUCCAGGCCUUCAGAAGUUUAUCAGCAUUGCAAGCCAUGACCUUGGCGCUGAACAAAAUACACCACAUACCAGACUAUGCCUUUGGAAAUCUCUCCAGCUUGGUAGUUCUGCAUCUCCAUAACAAUAGAAUCCACUCCCUGGGAAAGAAAUGUUUUGAUGGGCUCCACAGCCUAGAGACUUUAGAUUUAAAUUAUAAUAACCUUGAUGAAUUUCCCACUGCAAUCAGGACACUCUCCAACCUUAAGGAACUAGGAUUCCACAGCAAUAAUAUCAGGUCAAUCCCUGAGAAAGCAUUUGUAGGCAACCCUUCUCUUAUCACAAUACAUUUCUAUGACAACCCCAUCCAGUUUGUUGGAAGAUCUGCUUUUCAACAUUUACCUGAACUAAGGACACUGACGUUGAAUGGUGCCUCACAGAUAACUGAAUUCCCUGAUCUAACCGGCACUGCAAACCUGGAGAGCCUGACUUUAACUGGAGCACAGAUUUCAUCUCUUCCUCAAACCGUCUGCGAUCAGUUACCUAAUCUCCAAGUGCUAGAUCUGUCUUACAACCUACUAGAAGAUUUACCCAGUUUUUCACUCUGCCAAAAACUUCAGAAAAUUGACCUACGACAUAAUGAGAUCCAUGAAAUCAAAGUGGAUGCUUUCCAGCAGUUGCUUAGCCUCCGAUCUCUGAAUCUAGCUUGGAACAAAAUUGCCAUUAUUCACCCCAGUGCAUUUUCCACUUUGCCAUCCCUAAUGAAGCUGGACCUAUCGUCCAACCUCCUGUCGUCUUUUCCUGUAACUGGGUUACAUGGUUUAACUCACUUAAAAUUAACAGGAAAUCAUGCCUUACAGAGCUUGAUAUCAUCUGAAAACUUUCCAGAACUCAAGGUUAUAGAAAUGCCUUAUGCUUACCAGUGCUGUGCAUUUGGAGUGUGUGAGAACAUCUAUAAAAUUUCCAAUCAAUGGAAUAAAGGUGACAACAGCAGUAUGGAUGACCUGCAUAAGAAAGAUACUGGGAUGUUUCAGUUUCAAGAUGAGCGUGACCUUGAAGAUUUCCUGCUCGACAUUGAGGAAGACCUGAAAGCCCUUCAUUCAGUGCAAUGUUCGCCUUCCCCAGGCCCCUUCAAGCCUUGUGAACACCUGUUUGGUAGCUGGCUGAUCAGAAUCGGAGUAUGGAUCAUAGCAGUGCUGGCACUGACUUGCAAUGCUUUGGUGACUUCAACAGUGUUCCGAUCCCCUGUGUACAUUUCCUCCAUAAAACUGUUAAUUGGGGUCAUCGCCAUGGCCAACUUCCUCAUGGGGGUCCCCAGUGCCAUGCUGGCUGGCGUUGAUGCCUUCACUUUUGGCAGCUUUGCACAACAUGGUGCAUGGUGGGAGAAUGGGGUCAGUUGCCAAGUCGUUGGCUUUUUGUCCAUUUUUGCUUCAGAAUCAUCUGUUUUCUUGCUUACUCUGGCAGCCCUGGAGCGAGGGUUCUCUAUAAAAUGUUCUGCAAAAUUUGAGACCAAAACUCUCUUUGCCAGCCUGAAAGCAAUCAUUUUGCUCUGCGCUCUGCUGGCCCUGACCAUCGCUGUGGUUCCCCUGCUGGGCGGCAGCGAGUACAGUGCUUCUCCGCUCUGCCUGCCCCUGCCCUUCGGGGAGCCCAGCACCACUGGCUACAUGGUUGCGCUUGUCUUGCUCAAUUCCCUUUGUUUCCUUGUGAUGACCAUCGCCUACACUAAGCUGUACUGCAAUCUGGAAAAGGGAGACCUGGAGAAUAUUUGGGACUGUGCCAUGGUGAAGCACAUCGCCCUGUUGCUCUUCACCAACUGCAUCCUUUACUGCCCUGUGGCUUUCCUGUCCUUCUCCUCUUUACUAAACCUCACGUUUAUCAGUCCUGAAGUGAUUAAGUUUAUCCUUCUGGUGACUGUCCCACUUCCUGCAUGUCUCAAUCCCCUUCUCUACAUCCUCUUCAACCCCCAUUUUAAGGAGGAUCUGGGGAGCCUAGGAAAGCAAACCCACUUCUGGACAAGAUCAAAACACUCAAGCCUGAUGUCUAUUAACUCUGACGAUGUUGAGAAACAGUCCUGUGACUCCACGCAAGCCUUGGUAACCUUCACCAGUGCCAGCAUAGCUUACGACCUGCCUUCCAACUCCAUAUCAUCACCAGCGUAUCCAAUGACCGAAAGCUGUCAUCUUUCAUCUGUAGCAUUUGUCCCAUGUCUCUAAUUAAUGUGUCAGAGAAAAUGUUUUCAACAGUUGAAAACAUGAAAAUUUGAGAUUGGGUACAUCAGAGUAGUAACUAAGAAGAACUGAGUUAAAACUUGGUUAAAAACCAAACACACAAACAAACACCUCUCAGCGUGAAAAAUCCAAAACCUUACUGAUACUUGAGAGUGAACUAUAAGUCUAAAUGCUGCUUGUAUAGUUUUUCCAGCUAAGGGAUAGGUCAGUCACAGACCGAAAAGCAAAUUGCAAAGUUGUUCAAAAAAGAUUCUCCCUGAAUUUUUGCAUUAUCUUUAAAUUCACUAAUGUAACCUGUGGGGGAAGGGGUGUCGUGUUUACAAAAUGGGUUAAUUUAGACCCCAAAACUCCUUAAAAGAUUAUUGGAGGUAUUAGGAAAAUAAGGAUUUUAAAUGGCCUAUAUUCAAAGUGAAGGUUUUGACCCAUACAGCUCUUUAAUGACAACAUGAAGAUGUUUUCAUCCUCCUUUUCCUUUCCCCAGAGAGGAUUCUCAUAAGUCACCAAUCCCUUGGGUGGACAAUGUAAAGCAUAAUUAACCUACUCAUAGUCAGAUCAUUUUUGGAGAUAAUAAGGUUUUAUGAUCAGUUCGAACUGUGCCACCUUCAGUGGAAUAAAAUUGCUUACAAAUAUUUUGAAAGGAAAAUUGACCAAAAUUCUUAUAUUGUUACUAAAGUAAUCAUGUACAUGUGAAGUUUUCUUCUUUCAUUCAUUUUUAACUUCUGGUGUUCAAAGCUUAGAAAGAACGUCCAUUGCUGGCAAUGGAUGUACCUAGAAAAGAUAAUAAGCCACCUGGGAUUAUUUUGUUUUGUUUUUCCUGGUUGAGUGCAAAUUUUUUGCAGAAGGUUUUAUUAUUUGGUUCAAACCAAUGUACAUCUUAAGAUAAUGAUAAAAUGCAAACACAGCAUAGAUUCCGUCCACUGACGUAGGUUCUCACACACAUUUCUCUAGAGCUCUCUCUAGCAACCAUGUUUGACACUACUUUGGACUCAACAAAGACUCAGUAACAUAUAAUCUUGUUUAUUUAGCUUGGUUUUAGCUGUGUUCUUUCUGGAUCAACCCACUUGAUGUCAGGAUCAUUACUUUGCUGCUUAUUCCAUGUUAACACAUGUGUUAGGUAUUUUAAGAGGCAAAUUAUUAAAUAUUAAGAAUCAAAGGAUUGUCUUAACUUCAAUUAUUCUAUAUUAGCUUAAAUUCAAUACAUCGAAACCAAAAGGCUGUUAGGUAGAUUUAUUUUUGUAUAAGCAUGUUUAUUUUGAUCAGAUGUUUUAACUUGGAAUUGAAAAAAAUACAUUUAUGAGAUGUUUUAUAAGAUGUGUAAAUAUAAAACUGUAUUUAUUACUACAGUAAAGAUUCAGUAACAUAAAGGACCAUGAUAAUAAGCCAUGUACAGUGGCAUAUGCUUCCAUAUAUAUUGUACUUCUCUGCCCAUUUUCUUUAAAUUCAUUAACUGUAUAUAAUGUAUGUAAAUACAUAGUACUUGUAAAUAGAUUCCAAAUUUGCUUUUCUAGUCAAUACAAAAUAAAUUUGUAAUAA